UUUUCCGUUGAUCAACUAAACGACAUCGCAGAGGUUUGCCCUGUAAUUAUAGGGGUCUCUCUCUAACAGAAAUCCCUGACCGACACAAAACAGUUAUAAACUCAGAAGCAAAGAAUCAAUCAUCAAAGGCGAAGACAAUGGACAGCGCCAGCAGAGAAGAAAGAAGAAGAAGAAUUGUAGAGAGAGGGUCGGAUCGUAUGGCUCUGAUCACCGGUCGGAUUCAAUCUCUUCCUCCUCCGUCACCACCACCGUCACCUUCAGUACCACCACAAUCCCACCGUCACAACGCUGGUACUGAGGGUAAGGUUGACAAUCGUGCGGGUUCCCCAUUGCAAAAAGCACAUGAAGCUAGUAAUGAAGACGUUUCAAGGAAAAACAAUGUUGAAACUGGAAGCCAAUUAGAUGGACCUUCAUCCUUCAAAUGUGACACAACAACUACAAGCACUAUGGAACCGCAAGGUGCUGGUGGCACCACCGCCAAAAUUCAAACACAAUUAGGCACAUCAGUAGUUCAAAAGGCAUCAACCGAUACAGAACCUGCAAGCAGGCGGCAUACGAGGGCAAGGUUUUUCUCUUCGAAAAGAUUAAACUCCUGCAUAGUAGAAUCCGAGAGCACACGAGUUGUCUGUUCUCUCAUAAUAGCAUUCUUGGUAGUGUUGUCUUUUGCUGAUUACGCAUUGUUUGGGAUGAACUUGGUUAAUUCGGAGAGCGUUGUGGCCUCGAGGCCUCUGUACAUUAUACUGCUGACUGACGUAACAAUUGUUUUUGCGCGGUUGUGGCUUGUGAAACGAGAGGAGGUAGAGGAAGAAAGAGCGGCAGGGCCUCAGGAUGGACACAAUUGGGUAGAAGCAGUUAAGCUUUUGGAGAGGGGUUUGGUGGUUUACCAAGCCAUUCGUGGUAUAUUCAUAGAUUUUAGUGUUUAUGCAGUGGUUGUAAUUUGUGGCCUCUCUUUGGUUUAGCCUUGGAUUGCAAGAAACAAUUUUGUUUCCGGUUCUAACUCAAGUGUCAUUUGCAAAUUGUUGGCGUCA